CUGCGCGCGCGGAGGGGCCGUGUUUUGAAAUGCAGCGGGGUUUAGCGAGUUUUCCGCUGUCGCCGGCGGUGCGCGUGAAGCUGGUGACUGCGGGCUUCCAGACGGCUGAGGAGCUCCUGGAAGUGAAGCCUUCGCAGCUCAGCAAAGAAGUUGGGAUAUCUAAAGAGGAAGCCUUAGAAACUCUGCAAAUUAUAAGAAGAGAAUGUCCUACAAAUAAACCAAGAUAUGCUGGUACAUCUGAGUCAGGCAAGAAGUGUACAGCAUUGGUACUUCUUGAACAGGAGCAUACCCAGAGCUUCAUAAUUACCUUCUGUUCAGCAGUAGCAUGCAGCUGGCAGUGGAUGUGCAGCUAUCAGAAUGUUUUGGAGGAGUAGCAGGUGAAGCAGUUUUAUUGAUACAGAGGGAAGUUUUAUGGUUGAUAGAGUGGUAGAGCUUGCUACUUCACCUAAUAUCAGGAGCACACAUGGAAGAUGGUAAGUUAGCAAAAUGGCCCCCUUUUUUUCUGUACAAUAAAAGUAAUUUACAUUUUUGCCCAUCACAGACCUCAGCAAGAGGCCAUUUGGAACAUGAAGCUUAAUGUCUUGACUGUACUAUUGGUAAACUCUCAGAUGUCUGUUACAAAAUGAGAAGGGCCGCAGCCUGAUCUGACCUUUUUUUUUCUGCUUUUAUGACCCUUGCUUUUUACUGCAGGGGCUUUGUUUCUCAAUGUCUGACUUCAAAUUAAUAUACUCCAUCCUGCCAGGUGUAAGCUAAAGUUGGACACCUUAAUAUAAGCACAUGUUAAAAUGCAUUCAGUAUAUAUUGAUUUCCACAUUGGUUUCUCCAAAACCAAAUGUAGCUAUGGCUAUGAAAAGCACUUCUGGAAAUGUUUGAAAUGCUACACUGACUGACCUUUUGGAGCUUUGAGUAGUAUAUAAUUCCAUUAAUUGUAUCAUUAAAGUGUUUGAGAAGCUUUUUUUUGUGCUUACAAUGUGGAAAUACUUUAUUUUUAAAGAUUUAUUUAUUUGAAAGGCAGAGUUAAAAGAUGAAAAAAUAAGGAUUAAAAAAAAUAAAAAAAUGAAAGGCAGACUUAGAGGCAAAGACAGAGAUCUUCCAUCUGUUGAUUCAUUUCCAAAAAGGCUGCAAUGGCCAGGGCUGGACAAGGCUGAAGCCAGAAGUCUAGAACUCUUUUUGAGUUUCUUUUGUGAGUGGCAGGGGCCUAAGUACUUGGACCAUCCUCUGCUGCUUUCCCAGGCACAUUAGCAGGGAGCCGGAUUGGAAGUAGAGCAACCAGGACUCAAACCGACACUCAUAUGGGGUGCCAGCAUUGCAGGCAGCAGCUUAACCCAACUGUGCCACAAUGACAGCCCCAAGUAUUUGAUUUUAAAGCAAAUUUUGAAAAGGUAAUUUGUGUUCCGGCUUUUUGCUUUCAAUUAUAAAAGUAAAUGGUUUCUUGGC